AAACUUAGAUAAUUCUGUUUUUCCUCUAGAUUGGGCCCAGAUAAACCUGGAGGACCUCCAACACAAAGCUUAAUGGGUGUUCGAGGUCCAUCAUCACUGCCUCAGUCUCCAGUUCCUGCACGUUUUAAUAGCCCAUGUGUUGACCAACGUAUUUUAGGUACCCCAGUUGGAGGAUAUGUACCCCAAGGAACACCAAAUUAUGGUACCCCUGGCUCCCCUUUGGUCUCUACCUCACAGUCAAUAUACACUGGUUCCAUCUUCACUCCAUCUAGAGAUCAUUCCAGCUUUCUUGCCCAAGAUUCAUUGCAAUUGUCUGCAAGUGAUGCCAUGGAAGACACUUGGGUGACAGUGUUUGGCUUUCCAGCUGCAGCAGCUUCAUAUAUAUUAACUCAGUUUACACAGCUGGGCACCAUCACUGAACAUCACAAUCCUGGAUCGGGAAACUGGAUGCACUUAAAGUACCAGACAAAACUACAGGCCAGAAAAGCCCUGAGUAAGAAUGGAAAGGUCUUCAGUGGCAACAUCAUGGUUGGUGUAGUGCCCUGCAGUGAUAAGGUUGGGUCAUAGUAAUAUGUUACACAC